AUGUCUCGUGAUAAUGCCAUUGCUGUUUGUGGCGCAUUACUGAGCCUGUCAGUGCUUACCGCGGACCGUAUCUUGAACAUGGACGAAACCGGCUUUGUUAUCGCUCCCAAGAUUCAAAAGAUUUUCGCAAUAGAAGGUGCUCGUCAGGUUCAUAACGUCUCACAUGGGAUCGUUCCAACAAUCUCAUUCGCAGGUGAUUAUACUCUACUCGAACUGGAGUUACCAAAGAAAUGA